AUGAACUCGGAGGGAACCGCCUCCAGCGUCUGCGGCGCUGAAAGCGCCGGGCUGGGCUCUGGCACCAACAGAUCCGACCGGAGAGGCAUCAUGGAGGCAGGAGCAGCUGUGCUGCUGCUGGUGGCCCUGCUGGGCUCCAGUUCAGCGAGCAGCUUUUAUGGAGACAGCAUCAGCCUGGCGCCGCUGCAGCAGAACGCAGACGGGACGUACAAGGUGACUUUCUACCACCGACAAAACGGCAGAACCAGCUGUCAGAACCAGUCGACUCUGCUCUGUGAUGGUGGGGUGUGUUCGGACCUGGACCGGUCGGCUGCGGUCCAAACGGACCAGGACUCUUUGGGCAGAUGGUGCCAGGUUGAAGAACGCACAACAGCAACGUUCCAGCCCAAUGGGACGAGUUUCAUUCUGAGAGGYUCCGGCUGCUGCUGGGACAAUAAUCUGGAGCACAAAUCCAACUGGGAGAGCCACGCAGAGCUGGACCUGGGAGUCAGAUCAGACUCCUACCGCAUCAACAACUGUCCCGUCACCGCAACCGUGGCUUCCUUACGGGUUUCUCAGAACUGCUUCACCCAUCUUCGCCUUCUGGCUCAUGACCCAGAUGAAGACGCGGUGAGAUGCCGCUUCGCUUCCGGCGCCCCAGCAAACUUCGCUCUGGAUGAGGGUACCUGUACGCUGAGAGGCUCAGGUGAGCUCCAACUUGGCCAACACGUGUUUGAACUGACCGUGGAGGAUUUCUCCACCAAAAACGUGACGCUGACGUACGCAGACGGAAGUACGGCGACCCGGGAGGCCUCCAGCCCCGGCCUGCCUCCGCUCUGCAGCCUGAAGCUGCAGUUCGUGGUGGACG